CUCCCAUAGUCCCCAUUUCUCAUCAUCAUAUCACCCGUCCCGUUCCCCGGUGCUUCCCAGUUUCCAAGUUAACCCCCGCAUUAGCAGUAUCUGGACGGGGUAUCAAAUCUCAGGGCACGGUCAAAUGGCUUCUCUUGCGGCCUCCACUGCUGCUGCCUCUCUGGGCGUCUCUGAAAUGCUCGGAAACCCUCUGAACUUCACCAGCUCUUCAAGGUGCGCUCCUUCUCCUUCUAACACCGCCAGUUUCAAGACUGUUGCCCUUUUCUCGAAGAAGAAAGCUGCUGCAAAGCCCAAGCCUGCGGCCGACUCUUCAUUGGACGACGAGCUCGCCAAGUGGUAUGGACCUGACAGAAGAAUUUUCCUGCCCGAGGGGCUCUUAGACAGAUCAGAAAUCCCCGAGUACUUGACAGGAGAAGUUCCUGGAGAUUACGGAUAUGAUCCUUUUGGCCUCAGCAAGAAGCCAGAAAACUUUGCCAAAUAUCAAGCAUAUGAGCUUAUUCACGGCCGCUGGGCCAUGCUUGGUGCUGCUGGCUUUGUUAUCCCUGAAGCCUUAAACAAAUUUGGGGCCAAUUGCGGCCCUGAAGCUGUUUGGUUCAAGACUGGGGCUCUACUCCUCGACGGCAACACAUUGAAUUACUUUGGAAAGAACAUUCCCAUUAAUCUUGCAUUUGCUGUCAUUUUUGAGGUUGUUCUUGUCGGUGGUGCUGAGUACUACAGAAUAACCAAUGCACUGGAUCUAGAGGACAAGCUGCACCCAGGGGGUCCUUUCGAUCCAUUGGGACUUGCCAAGGACCCUGACCAGUUUGCCCUCCUAAAGGUGAAAGAGAUCAAGAACGGUAGACUGGCCAUGUUUGCAAUGCUUGGUUUCUUCAUCCAAGCUUAUGUCACUGGACAGGGUCCUGUUGAAAACCUUUCAGCUCAUUUAAGCGAUCCCUUCGGUAAUAAUUUGCUCACUGUCAUAGCCGGAACUGCUGAAAGAGCUCCGACCCUGUAAUUCCUUCUUUUGAUUUGUCGUUCUAAUCGUCCGCGAACAGAAAAUCUAUGAGAUGUACAAUUUGAUGGGACAUUACAAGGCAGUCAGCCAUUUUCGAACCCUGUAAUUGGAAACCAUUUUUCAGUUUAUACGGCGUGCAAUCCUUGCUCCUUGGUCUA